UUUCACCAGUUAUCUUGAAAGCCUCAUCCAAUGGCGUUAAAUUCUAAUAAAACGCACACGCGCUGGCGAACACUGAUUGAAAACAAAUUGCUUCUUAUCAUCGAGGCACACGCUAUUGAGGGACACAGAUGGGACUCUAUAGAUGGGACAAUGUAUCAUCUAUAGAUGGGACUUUUGUGCUGCGUUCCUGCAGUCUUCUCCCGACCGUCAUAGCAUCAAGUAAAGAUGCAGGAAUACACGUCCACAUCGGGAUUAGUUGCUUUUGCAUUGGUUUAUCUAACAUUUUUCUUGGACAACGUUUUACUGACUGUGUUAGUGCCAAUAAUUCCGGACUGGGUGCAAGGCGAAUCACUGGCGUUGUGGACGGAGCAUGGCGCGCCGCUUGCCAAGCUUCUCAACACCACGGUGCAUCAGAUCACCCAUCAGGAUCCCGGAAGUCGCGUAGGAACUUCGCAGGCCAUCGUAGGUGCAGUACUAGGUGCGAAGGCGGCGACACAACUGCUCGUGACUCCUGCCGCCGCCAACCUCACAUCCUGCCGCGGCCCGGCCACUGGUCUACGCCUGGCCACUGCCUUGCUGGCCACUGCUGCUCUGGUUUUUGGCUGCUGCGCGGGUCGUGGCGGCGCGGUGUGCGCGGGCUUGGGGCGCGCGUCGCAAGGUGCGGGCGCAGCGCUGGGUGGCGUGGCGGGGCUCGCGCUGGUGGCACGCGCGCUGCCACCGCACCGACGCCACCGAGCACUCGGCGCGCUGCUGGGAGCUGUCGCACUCGGAGUCUUAGUAGGAUACCCGUUUGGUGGUGCAGCAUACAAGCUAUGGAGCCCGGCUGCACCGUUCCAACUAAUCGCUACUGCGCUUUUGAUCAAUCUUGGAAUGCAGUACAUUUUCCUGGGUAAAGAAGAAUAUAAUACGGGCACCAACGAAGCGAGUGAUGCAAGUGUGGGCGCGCGCGUGAUGUGGUCAGAAGCCGGGCGAGGCGCGACGGGUGCUUGCGCCGGUGCUGUGCUCCUCACUACGUGUGUGAUGGCCGCUCUGGAGCCCUGCCUGCCGCUGUGGAUCAUACACAAGUUUCAUCCCGAGAGAUGGGCUUUAGGCGCCGUGUUUCUGCCGGACAGCGCGGGGUACCUAGUGGCUGCAAGUGGGCUGGGCUCGCCCGCCCAGCGCUGGGGGCCGGAGCGAGUCGCCAUCGUCGCCGUGUUGUGUGUGGGCUUUGCGGCGUUGGCUGUGCCGCAUGCUCCUUCCGUAAGCUGGUUGAUGUUCCCGCAAGCAGCGUUAGGUGGAGGUCUGGGGGCGGCGGACGCAGCGCUGGUGCCAGCAUUGCUGGCUAAGAGAUCGCAAGCGCUGCCUCAUCGUGCUGCUUUGCUGCAAGCUGCUUCUGCUUCGGCAUAUGCUAUUGGUCCAGUGAUGGGAGGAGUGGUGUCCUGGUGCGCGGGAUUUGAGACCGCUCUGCGAUUUCUAGGGGUUGCGAACAUUCUGUACGCCGCCUACCUCUACCGAGUACUCUCUGAAUAUCCCCUUUCGGAAAAGUGGGGAGCAAGCAACACACCCGAGGACGAAGACGUAGAAUCGGAUGAGCUGACGCCUCUUGGGACCUCUGCACACGUACCCGCAAAAUAAGACCAAACCAAACGAAUGUUUCAUUUAUUAGAUCUCCGCUUGAAUAAAAGUAAAGGAAAAUUUAAAUCUGA